CAAGAACGUCUUUCACGCUGGCAAAGUCAUAACGACAGUGUCCACCGCCAAAAUACCCAGAGUCCCAGAACUAACUACUCGGCAAAGGCGUCGUCGACCAAGUGAUUGACUAUACGAAAAAUGACCCCAUGAAGGUUAUUCCUCCCGGCUCCGUCGACUUUAUCCUCGACACCACGGGCGAGUCAAUGCGCUUUCUAUCCCUCAUGAAACCUUCGACCAGUUUCAUUGCCUCAAUAGCAACCAUGCCGUCAGGCGAUGUCCUCCAGAAUUCGCCCCUGAUGCGGCGACCAGAUAGACCACAACUGCCCUGGCUCGCUCGCAUCGGUCUCAAUGUUGCCGACUUCAUUCGAAGAGCUCGGGCGAGACGGUGGCGUGUCGAAUAUGAGUACUUUUUCCUUGAGCCUAAUCGUGAAGAUCUGGAGACUUUGAGCAAUCACGUUGAGCAGGGCAAAGUGGUUCCGGUAAUUGGAUCCAGAGUGCUACGGCAGGAUAUCGAGCAAGUUCGGGAAGCGUGUAGACUUGUGUACAAGGGCAAAGGGGGGAUUGGAAAGACGGUCGUUGAGGUUGUGCGGACUUGAAUUCGCAUUGAACGAAUUCUUUACAUCCUUCUUAUAGAGCAAGAGGUGUGUCCUCCACCGCCCAAGAAACACUCUGGCAU